GCCGGGAGGAGGGGGCCUGUCAGCUCAGCCGGGCGCCGGGGCAGGGCCUCUGCCUCCCUGCAAUCCUGAAGUUGGCUGGACGGCUUCGGAGCUGUUUUCAUCAGUUCCCUCUGCUGAAAGAGUUAACGGAAAAGCGAAAAAAUAAAAGUUGGUUAUUACAUACGUCAUUAAUUUUGGUGUUCCUUCCAGCCAACGAAUGAAAUGAUGCUCAAGUUCUAUAGCUUUUAUAAGCAAGCAACCCAAGGACCCUGUAACGUUCCACGACCUGGAUUUUGGGAUCCGAUUGGUAGAUAUAAAUGGGAUGCUUGGAGUGCCUUGGGAGACAUGUCCAAAGAAGAAGCCAUGAUAGCAUAUGUUGAAGAAAUGAAAAAGAUCCUUGAGAGCAUGCCAAUGACGGACAAAGUUGAAGAAUUACUACAAGUAAUAGGCCCAUUCUAUGAAAUAGUAGAAGACAAAAAGAACAGAGGAUCUGACCUAACCUCAGUUCGAAUGGAGAAAGUCUCUAAGUAUUUGGAAGACCUUAGUAAUGUAAUGAAUUCCACUCCAAAUAUAAAGGCUGUGAAUGGAAAAGCUGAAAGUAGUGAUAGUGGAGCAGAAUCAGAAGAAGAAGGGCUUCGUGAAGAGGAGGAAAAAGAAGUGCAGCUAAAUGGCAAAGACUAUAAGAAUGUAAAACCAGAAUCAGCAGCUGCUAAGGAUUUAGAAAGUAUUGUUUCUAAUGGCUGUUACAAGAACAGCUUUAUCCCAGAUAUGCAGAAUGGCAUCCAGACUAAAUCUGCCCUGAAUGGCUUGAACCCAGAGGAAGAAAUAAAGAAAACGGAGCCAAGCCUAGAAAUAGCUAAUAACAGUGCACACCAAGGUGCAAAUGAAGAGAACAUUGAAGAGGUCUCAGCAGCUCAGCACUUAACCAGUGAUUCAGACAGUGAAGUUUAUUGUGACUCUAUGGAGCAACUUGGACUAGAAGAGCCCUUGGAGAUCAUCACAUCAGCUAAAGGAUCUUUAAAGCAUUCAUCCCAUUUCUUGGAUGUAGAUCACAGUCUUCUGUUAGAAAAUACGGAUUUUCCAAGGCACGCUUGCAUGACUUAUAGCAAUCUUCAACCUGGAAAUACUGUAGAGGGAGAAGCUCAAGAACAGGGUGAAGUCAAAUGUGGAGGAGAAGACGGUAAAGCCAGUAAUGGGGGCCCUCACAAGGAGAAGAAAGGUGGAGAAAAAGCAGAUUUCUACAGUAUCAGAAGAGGGAGAGGGCAUAGACUUCAGCCUCUAGGAGAUGGUUCACAAGGUGGACAGAUGGGUAGUGGAGGGGAUGGAGAGCGCUGGGGAUCAGACAGAGGGCCCAGGGGUAGCCUCAAUGAACAGAUUGCAGUAGUGCUGAUGCGGUUGCAAGAAGACAUGCAGAAUGUCCUUCAGAGGUUGCAUAUGCUGGAGGCAGUUACAGCAUCACAGGCAAAAUCUGCAACACUGCAGUCAAAUUAUCAGCCCGCCUCCCCUGUCAAGAAACCAUCGUGGUGGCCCUUUGAAAUUUCUCCUGGUGUUUUAGCUUUUGCUAUUGUAUGGCCAUUUAUUGCCCAGUGGUUGGUACAUGUGUAUCUUCAAAGAAAACGAAGAAAACUGGACUGAGAAUUCAUGGCUUUUUGCUUAAAGACUGCUACGAGAAGAUGGCCCUGGAAAGCGAAGGAAUUCUGAAUUCUCAUAGUAUCUCAGUAUCUGGGACGAGGUUCCUUCUGUUACAGUAAUAUUUUGUACUACCUUUGAGCUAAGCAUUUAAGGACUAACAUUAUUGAAACUUGAAUGAUUCACAGCUCCUAGGUUACUAGUAAUUCCAUCCUCAAAACUGUAUGAACAUUAAUUAUUUUGGAAUGUGCUUGUGGAUGGGCCUUCAGUAAUUACUGGUCUUGCUGAUGUCAGAUGACGAAGAGAAUAUAAUCUUUGUAAAAGAAUAAUUGAAAAAUAUGUAAAACUGUCACUUCAAUAUAGAAAUUUUACAGUAACAUCCCUGCCUGUUUUUCCCCAGGGUUAUAUAUUAUCAGAUGAAAGCACUAAUGAAGUACAAAUUCAAUAUAUUGUAAGCUGUUGCAAAAAGACAGUAGUGCUCUGAGGAAUUCAACUGGUUAUUUCUGCUGCUAAAAAAGCGUGAGGUGAAUUUCCAUGUAAAUUGGUCAGAAAUGACGUUGACUCCUUCACUUAUCCUUUAAGAUUGUAAAGGAGAUUUGGGAAUUGAGAUCUGUCUCAAAAGUUAGAGCCGUUAAUAACAGAGGGACUGUCAAAUGUGAGUUUGGAAGCAGUGUGUGGUACAAGGCAUCCGUCUAAAGAGGCUGCACCUUAUGUUUUAAUUUUGAUAACUGUAUUCUUGUUGACAACAGCUUGUUUUAACUGAAAUGCAUCAUUUAGGCACAAGGUGCUUUAAAAUGAGAUGAAAGCUAGCUCUCUAAGUCUAUCGCUAAGAUUUUGAAAAGCUCAGUGCACUGUAAGUUUUCUGUUAUCAGUUUAAGUCAAAUUAAAAUUUGAUCUAGCCCAUAUCUGCUGUGGACUCUACCCAAGUCACAUUACAAAAAAUACCAGUUCUGGUUUUUCUUUCUCUCUUAUCCUCCACUUCCUUUCAAAACAAAACUGUGCAGUCAGUUGUGAUGCUGAUUCUCUCGCCUCCCCCCCCCCCCCAAGUAUUUAUUAACAGAGUAACAACCCUGUGAAGUUUGCUUGAUUAAAGCAUACUUUACACUAAAAUAAAUUAAUAUAUAAGUUGUCUAAAUCUCUGGAAAAGGGAAAUGCAAUAAAAGUAGAUUUGACAGAAAACGAAGACAUUCAUUUUCUGUUACAAUAUUACCUGUGUUUAAGAUUUGAAUCUUCAGAAAUUUCACUGUAUUAUUGAUGUGCUUUCAUUCUCCUGGACUACAUCGUAUUAUAAAUAAUUUUUGAGGAAAGUUUUGGCUUUCCUGAGAACCUUUUAUAAUUUGGAAAACAUUUUUCAUGUAAUCUGUAAUGUAUAAAGAUGUAAUCACAGAAUUUAACAUUUUUUUGACCUGAGCAAUUUUAAUCUUGUUUUUAGUUAGAAAAUGUUUGGGUUUUUUUUA